AUGCUCCACUCAAGACUAAGCAGUCUACUGUGUAAGUACAACUAUGACCAGUGCUAGUGAACAUUUGAUUUUAACAUAGCUCAGAAUGAAACUGGAUUUUGUAUUUUUGCAGAAGAGUUGUAAAGCAUUGACAUAUCUUAUCAAAGUGUACUAGUUUGAUUUAUGUUUAUAUAUUACAGUAUUAUGAUACAUUAUAUAAAGAGGCUUUGUCAUACUGUAUGUCAACGCAAAUCUGCUCUUACUAAUAUAUUAAAGUCAGUUACAUAAAUAUUUUCCUGUCCAACAAUCUUUUUUUUCUAAAAUGGAUUUAUUAAUCAGUGCAUUUCCUAUUCUUUUUUUUUUUUUUUUUUUUUUUUAAGUCAAUUUGGUCUUUGUAAUACGUCAAACAAAGAGUUUGGUCUAAACCUGCUCUUUUGGAAAGCGUCUUGCGAUAACAAUUUUUGUGAUUUAACGCUAGAGAAUAAAAAUUUAGUUGAUUGAUUGAUUGGAUUUGUUUCACUUCUACUUAAACAUAUUAGGGAAACUGUGUAAGACUGCUGAAAGUACUCUAUGUCAGCCCCACAGAUCACUUUAGCUGUCAUAUUAGACCCAGAUGCCGCUAAUGUUUGUUUGGAUAAAGCUAUCUUGAACAAUGGGAAUCUUCCUACCUUUCUUGUUUAAAAAAGUUUUUUUAACAUAUUGACUUUACAUUAUUUAGUAGGUAAAAGGGAGAUAAAGUAAGAUGCCACAUUUAUAAGUAAUUUAUAUUGACUUGCGGACAAAAGCUUCUGUUUAGUGCAAGUUUGAGAUACAUUUAAGUCGUUCACAAUUUGGGUAAUACUAUUUGACUUUUUUCUUCUGCAGUGUUUGCAGCAACAUGUUUGCUGCCCAUGAUGUCAGGUAAGCAUCUGAGUGAAUAUGAAAUGUUAUUGCUUUUAUUUCUGUGUGGUGUUUUGAACCUCCUCAGCUGAUAUUUUAAAACCUCCUUUUUUCAGUUAUCUCCAUGGAGAGCGUUGUCACCUGUGAUAAUGCCAACGACGUCCAGCGCCUGAGCUGUGGUAUGAAUAAACGUAGUUGUAUUUCCCAGUUGAAAAGUCUUGGUAAACUUACUCAGUGCUUGUUUCUUGUUAAAAGAGGACCAGUCAGGAAGUAUUAGCCAAUGAAAGUUUACGCUCAAUGCAGUGUGUAACUUGUCAGUUUUUAAAUUGGGAUCUUUGAUUUUACGUUUUUGCUAAUAAAUACCGAAUAUAAAAGCAGAAAAAGGUUGCACAAGUCAAGCUGUCAAGCUUCAUGAUGACUAUCAGAUCAGGAAUAUCAAGUUGAGCUCCAUUACCAUGACUCAGGUCAUUCUGGUCCUCCUGAAAGAGAAAAAUAACAAUAGGUGCUUGAGAGUUUUCCAGGAAGUUCAGAGAGAAAAAAACAUUGCAACAUAACAUUUUAGUUCAGGCUCAUUUAUCAUGUCUGAACUUAACUGAACAAUACACCAUCCCCUCAAAGUUUAACCUUGGGCUUUGGUCUUGGUUCUUACUUUUUGCAUUUGUGUGCAUUAGACAAUGGAGUGAUCAGUGUGCAGGCAGCACUCUAUGGGCGUAAAAACAGGAUGACCUGCAGCAGAGGAAGACCUCAAGAACAGCUUUCCAAUACAGAGUGCACCCAGGAAGGCACAGCGGAUAUCCUCAAGAGAAGGUACACAUGAUAUAUUACACAUAUAAUACUAUAAUAUCAGUUGUCACUGCAUAAUUCUGGGUGUGGAAGUUGUUGCAUAGAUGACCUAACUUUUAUAGUUAGAUCAUCUAUGUCACUGGGCUUAAAAAUGAAUCAUCUCAAGUGUAGUACUCAAGCAGAUCUCAAGGAGGGCCUUUGUAUAUCAACUCAGACAGGAUACGGUUGUAUAUUCUGAAAUACUUGUGCACCUUAACAGUGUAAUGCAUGGACAUGUCUCAGUGACGUCACCCAUUAGUAUUGAAGCUGGGCAUGGGUGCUACAUUAGAAAUGCAGAUCCCAACCUAAAUUUCUACAGUUUGCCAAACACAAUUCACCAAAAGAUUCACUUUACUUACAGUGCAUGCCAUGAGAGAACUGAACCCUCCGGAGUAAAUCAUUUUUUAAAUAACCAGACUGUAAACACAUGUAUUUACUCUCAUUGAAUUACAUAGUAUUUGGCUAAAUCAUCAAAAUGUAUUUGUGGGAUAACCAUUAUGGGCUCUAUUUUGGUGCCUUGCCGGAGACGUGCCGCAAACGCAGCGUCAGUCAGAUCCGCCGCGCUGACAAGGCGUUCCCAAGCACAUUUUGGUAUUUUGGUGAGCCGUGCAGCCCGGCGUAAGUAUCCCCCCUCCCUAACUCGGCUCCUCCCAGCACCAUAAGUCAUAGAUGGGGAGGAGAGAGGGCGUGUAGUGGGUUUAACACAGCCGAGACCUGUUUUCACCAAUCACAUAAGCUCCUCUCCUUGCCUUUAAAUCCGCCACAGGCGAGGCGUAUUACUAUUUUCAUGAAGUAGUCAAAGAGAUCAAGAGAUGUCUUAAGACAGUAAUGCCACAAGAUGGCGACAGAGGGCAGCUCCUCAACAAGUGUCCUCCACACCCUCUCAUAUAAGCACAGAUGGAUUUGGUGUGUGUAAUGUUGGACCCAGUGGUAAGACAAACACCCUUUUCCACAAAUAAAGACACUCACAUAAAGUUGCAUAUAUUCAAACCUCACGUGACAAAGGUGGGUUGAGCGCACAGAUCACAACAUUAACUCCAAAAAUGGCAUUAAAAUCGGAACCAUCUGUGCGUAAAUGACGCAUCGCGCUCCGUGACCUGGCUCUUUCUUUCAUAGAUGUUGGCAUAUAAAAUAAAUUUGGCCCACAAAACUGAAUAUUAUAAUAUCCGUAUGUCGGCUUAAAGUAGAUCACGCAUCUGAGCACUGAAACAAAUCAUCUGUUCAGCCGCAGCAGCAGCAAGACGGACAGAGGACACGGAGACGUGUCCAGGUCGAGCUGUGCGAGAAAUAAGAGGAAGAGGAAGAAAGAAAAGGAGGGAGACGAAUUACAUAUCUUGUUAACUUCAUCAUGUGUGUAUAUUUACUAGAUAUUUAAUUUAAUUUGAUGCGGUUCCAGCUGUGUUGAUUCGGUCAUCAGAUCAGAUAUAGAUCAGAAUAUAUCAAUAUAGAUCUAAAUGUAUGUGCUGACUCAGAUUAAUAGUUGAUGAUGAUUAUUUAUUGGACUGAAAUUUGCCUGACACUGUGGAAACCUGCCGGUGAGGCAUCAGUGACGUAUGUUGAUACGCCGCCGGUCUACCAAAAUACUACUGGACCAGCUGCGUUCCGCCUUGCGCUGAAAGCUGACCAGGUUUGAAUCGGCGAGCUUUCAGCGCACUUUACACGCCGGUGGCGAGCACGAAAAUGUCACUGCGCCAGCUGAUUCUGUCGACACCUCCCCCUGCCACGCCACCACGCCCAGCUUGGCGGAUCUCGGCUCGCCUCCGUGCGGCUCAGUCCACGAAAAUACCAAACUGGCCUUACGCCGGGCUCCGCCAGACGAAAAUACAACUGCGCGGGGCUCGCCGCCCUCCGCCGCCUCACUGGCGCGCACGAAAAUAGAGCCCAAGAUGUUUAUGUUUAUAUGCUGUAUGUUGCAUGUUCUGUUUCUCAUUUGGUGAGACUCCAAAAUGAGGAUCCAGUCUCUUUCCAUACUUUUGCUCUGGAUAACUGAGUAGUGGAUGUGUGAAACACAUUUUAUGUGAAGCAGAAACAUGACAAAUAAAGAAAUCUGAAUCUGACUGAAAGUAUUGGAUCAAGGACAGACUGCUGAAGAACCCCUAUAGCAAAAAUUACCAUUUACCUCUCCUUGAAGUGCAACUUAAAUCAAACUAUGGGUUACAACAGAACUUAUCCCAGGGUUGUUUUGUUUGAUGUACUCACAAGGUACUUGUGCUUUUAGAAGCGAAAUAAGUGAAGAGACCCAUUGAAGCCUUCCAUAGGCAAAUGGCUCCUUACUGUAAGUCCCCCACAACAUGAGAUAGAUGGGGACAAAUGGAAAACUAGAGCCAGUAAGUUUCUAGGGUAAUCAAGCUGACACCUUUCUUUGCCUGCGUUUCUAAGUCAGGUCAAGUGAAGGCUCAGCAGUGAACCCGUCAUAUCCACAAGCAGUACCUCUAUAUGUUGGCUACUGCCCACAUGCAUAGUUUUGAUCUGUGCUUAACACAUGCUUUUAUCACUUGCCUACAGGUGUGACGGCAAGAUGGUGUGUGAGUUUAACACAGACAUUGUCCGUACCUCUGAUCCCUGUGUUGGUAUCUACAAAUACCUGGAAACCAACUUCACCUGCCUCCCAGCAGGUUGGUCACGUCUUUGCACCAAACGAUCAAUAAAACAACCUGCCACUUCUAUCUUGUGAUGUCUUAGAUGUUCCUCGAUCCUUUUUAAAAUCUAGGGGAGAUAGAGCAUUUUCUGUCAUGGCUCCCACUUUGUGGAACGCUUUACCCCUUACAGUGCGCACUGCUAACAGCCUUUCCUCUUUUAAAACACUUCUGAAGACGCACCUGUUCACUUUAGCUUUUGGGGAAGUAUAGCUACUUUUAUUGGGUAUUUUAUUUAUGUGCUAUGUUUAUCUAUAUUGUUGUUUUAUGUUUUAUGCUUUUAUAGUUUUUAUAGUUUUUACUGUCUCUGGCUAUUUUACUGUAAAGCACUUUGGUAAGCCACUGGCUGUUUUUAAAUGUGCUAUAUAAAUAAUGCUGACAUUGACAUUGACAUGUCUAAUGUGAUUCAUAUGUGUUCUUCAACAGUCCAUCUUACUACCUGUGAGCACUCCUAUGCACAUUUGUAUUGUGGUAGGUUCCUCUUUCAAAAUUAGUUGCACAAAAUCUUAACAGAAAAUGUUUUACAACUUGGGUUGGUUGCUUUUUACACCACACCUGUCUUGCCAAAUUUCCUUCCUGUUUCUUCCCAGAUGAAGGGCAGGUCAUAAAUGUCUAUGGCGCUGACUAUGGACGUCGUGAUCCGACUACAUGCUCUUAUAAAAGGCCUGCCUCUCAGGUUGAAGAUGUUACCUGUUCACUUCCCACAAACAAGGUUGCUGAUAGGUAUGGUUGCCAACUCUUUUCCAACUUAUAUGCAAGGUUGAACUAAAAAAUGCAAGAUAAGACUUUGUGGUUAUCUCACAACCUAAUUAAUGUCACCCCAAUUUUACUCUACAUCCACAGCUGCAAUGGGAAGAACAGCUGCAUGGUGAAAGCCAGCAACUCGGUCUUUAAUGACCCCUGCGUGGGCACUUACAAGUACCUGGAAGUGGCAUAUGUAUGUGAAUGUAAGUGGUUUGAAUCAGUCAAAACUGUUUCAUGGUGUGGAAUGGAGUGAUAUGCAAGUGAUUGCUUACACAACAAUCUUUGCAGCAGUAUAUUAAAAGAUGUGAUAAAUUAUUCACACUCUCUAUUAAAGAAUCAGUAAUAACCUGGUGUGACUGUAUUUUUUCAGUUCUUCUAUUUUUGUAACCAGUCACAUUUUUCUGACCCAAAGCUUUUAUUUUUCCCAAACAGAUCCUGUAAACGCUCCAGGGGAUUCUGAACACAUGAUGGAAUAA